UAGAACUAUUAAUAUAGCCCCUAUUUAUACUCACGGGUCCCUGCAAGCAGCACAGCAGAGCUACAGCUGCAGAGCUAAAAUGGAAUCAAUGUCAGCCCCCAAGGAGAAAGUGAUUCUCUCGGCCAUCGUGAGGGGAAGGAGACAGUGAAAGAACAGAACAAGGGAGGUUUCAGAGCUGCUCGCGGCACCCCGAGAUCCCAGCUGGCGGCAGAGUCGGCCAGAAACCUCCCUUCAGCCAGCAAGUCUGUGCUGAGGCUGCCAGAAACGCAGCAGAAACACUGCCCAGCGUCAGCACAGCACCCACAGCGCCGGUGGAGACAAGGCGGGGACUGGAGCUGCCGCUGCACUGAUCCAGUACCUGGUGUGACUCAGGACAAAAGAGCGGAAGCCUAAAGAGAGGUUUAGGGAGGGCUUUGAGAGCACCGUCUGCUGGGCUGGAAACACGAUGGAGAGCACAGGAGGGCCGUAUCUGAACACUGCUGCAGUGACAUCCCCUGUGGGAAUAGCUCGCUUACUGCAGAUGAUGUUUGGAUGCACCACAUUCAGCCUGGUAGCCCACCAGGGCGGCUUCAGCGCCGCGUAUGGCACUUUCUGCAUGUUUGUCUGGACCUUCUGUUUUGCCGUCACUGUCUUCAUCAUCACCUGUGAGUUCACGCACCUCCACAGCUGCCUCAGCAUCUCCUGGGGAAACUUCACUGCCGCUUUCGCCAUGCUCGCCACGCUCAUGUCCGCCACGGCUGCGGUGAUCUACCCGCUCUACUUCGUCCAGCUUGACUGUUACCCCAUCAGCUGUGAGGUGAGAGACUUCCGCAUCGCCGCCAGCGUCUUUGCAGGCCUCCUGUUCCUUGUGUACGCUGCCGAGGUGUUCUUAACCCGGGCGAAACCGGGGCAAGUCACCAGCUACAUGGCCACGGUCUCUGGGCUGCUGAAAAUUGUGCAGGCCUUUGUGGCCUGCAUCAUCUUUGGGGCACUGGUGAACGACAGCCAGUAUGGCAAGUACGUGGCGACGCAGUGGUGUGUGGCUGUCUACAGCUUCUGCUUUGUGGUGACAGUGGUGGUCGUGGCCUUCAGCGUUACAGGUAAGACCACCUUGCUGUGGUUCCCCUUCGAGCGCUCUGUGGUCAUCUACACCCUGGGGGCCGUGCUGCUGUACGUGAGCGCAGCCGUCAUCUGGCCCGUGUUCUGCUUCGACAGCAAGUACGGCUCCGCGCAGCGCCCCGGCUCCUGCGCCAAGGGCCGGUGCCCGUGGGACAGCCAGCUGGUCAUCGCCAUCUUCACCUACGUGAACCUGCUGCUCUACGUCGUGGACCUGGCGUACUCCCAGCGCAUCCGCUUUGUCCCGCACCUCUGAAGCGCGGCGCUGGUGCCGGGAGCAGCGGCAGCCGGGGGUGAGCAGGAGGUGGGGUGCGGGAGGAAGCGCUGGUCAGGCCCAGGCACAGGAGCCACCGACUGAACUUCAGGGUCAGGACUGACCUGGCCAGCAAAUGAAUGACCUGUCACGGGUGGGCUGGGAAAAGCCCAUCUCCCCAUCACCCAGCGUCUGCCCAGCGCCUGGUGCCACAGCAAGGAAUGGCGCAGCCCAAAGUAUGUGGAACGGCCUUUUGUCUCCAGGCAGCAGAGCUGCUUCCUGCAGCAGCAGUGGGUCUGCAGCCUGCUGCAUCCCAGAGCCAAAUAUUAGGAAAGGCACCAAGGAUUUUGAAACUGUUACCAGCACUUAACCGUAAUCAAGUGACUGUCCAGGAAGUGGGAAAGUUAAAAGUUGCAUCAGGGAACACCAGUUCUGGAGAUGAAAAACAAUCCCUCAGAGUUUGGGUUAGUCUGGGCUGUGUGGUGAGACAUGAAAUGAUUGCAAGUUUGGGAAAUUCCAGUCAGGAUGUUUCUGAGAACAUCGUAGCUGUAAUAGUGUUUUGAAGAUUGCCAGUCCUUUCCUUUCCUCCGCUCUCCUCUGCUGGUCAGCACAGAAAAAGAAUAUCUUCAAGCAUGCACCUUGGGGGGAUUGGGAACACGGGAUAUUCCUAUUUAGCAAACACUGAGUCAUUAGAGAGAUGAAUGCUUGUGAAAUUUGGGCUCUACUGCCAAGAACUGGCACAGAGCAGAGCCAGGCUGCAGUGUCCAUGGGUACAUCGCAUCCCCGCCCAAGGGUGGCACCGGGGGUACCUUGGUGCACGCUCCCUCUGCUCAGCCGCCACUGUCCCUCUGUCCCCAUGGCACAAUCACGAUUUCUUCUGUGGAAGCUUAAAGUCGAAAUCUGGAGGUGGGUGGGGAGAGAUGAAUGGAUCUCACAGUGCUGCAGGAAGAGCAAACCGGGGGGGGGCUGGCUGGGAAGGGAGAGAACCUGGAUACAGCAGGAGCAAGCGGGGUUGCUCCUGGGCUGAUGGAGUGCUGGGGCUCCUCAGCUCCUCGUGUUACCAAUGAGACACGUUUCUCCAACCCACCCCUGACAGGACAUGGCUCUAAGCCCCACGCUGCACAGCACAGGCCUUGAGCUUCAUUUCUGACCGGGAGAGAACCAGAGUGGUCCCAGUUCCUGUGCAGGCCUGGUUCAAGUCUCAUGUAGCUGCAUGUCAGAGCAAGGCUUAGUUCUUAACCAAGCUAAAAUAAAGGUGGAUGGCAGAUGGGUACCACA